GGAGAAAGGGGGGGAAAAGUGUAUGAGCGAGAGAGAGAAAGAGAGUGAGAGUGAGAGGAAGAGGGAGAGAGAGAGAGAGAGAGAAGUGCAAUCAUGAUUGCGAGUGGCAUGGAAGAUUGUGCUCUGUCCUUCUGGAUUUACAUGGGUGUGAUGUGUGUGUCUGUUGGAGGGGUGAUGAAGAAGCUCCUGGGGACCAACAUGAGUGCCGCCCCAGCCCUGGCGGCCUGGCUCGGGGGCACGGUGCUGGUGGAGAGGCUCUGCUCCAUCUGGCCUCCCGCCAUCCUGCUGCUGGCCGUCCUGUGCGCGGCGUGCUGUCUGCUCUCCAGCAGAGGUGGCCCCUCGUCCGCCCUCCCCGCCGAAGGCAAGGCCGUCUUCAUUACAGGCUGUGAUUCUGGCUUUGGGAAGGCGACCGCCAGGCACCUGGACUCACUGGGAUUCGAUGUGAUCGCCAGUGUGCUGGACCUGGCUGGGCCUGGCGCCGUGGAGCUGCAGCGGACCUGCUCCUCCCGUCUCACUCUGGUCCAGAUGGACAUCACCCAGCCCCAGGACAUCCAGCAGGCCCUGCUCACCACCAAGGCCAAGCUGGGCCUGAGAGGUCUGUGGGGACUUGUGAACAACGCAGGGGUGUGUGUGAACAUUGGCGAUGCGGAACUCUCCCUUAUAUCCAACUACAGAGGCUGCAUGGAGGUCAAUUUCUUUGGGACAUUGAACGUCACCAAAACAUUCCUGCCGCUUUUACGACAAGCCCGAGGGAGACUUGUGACCAUUUCCAGUCCCUCAGGGGAGCAGCCGUUCCCUUGCCUGGCUGCGUAUGGGGCCUCCAAAGCAGCUCUUGGUAUGUUCAUCAACACCUUGCGGCAUGAACUGGAGCCAUGGGGGGUGAAGGUGUCCACCAUCUUCCCUUCGGCGUUCAAGACAGGCCAGUCCAGCAAUAUUGAAUACUGGGAAAAACAGUACAAGAACUUCAUUCAGAAUUUGUCACCGGAGCUGUUGGACGAGUACGGGGAGGACUACCUGCAGGAAACCAAGGAGCUGUUCCAGGGGCACGCCAAGAUGGCCCCUGAAGAUCUGAGCCCUGUGGUCAACACCAUCACAGAUGCACUGGUGUCCCCGCAGCCCAAAGUGCGGUACUAUUCUGGGCCCGGGGUGGGCCUCAUGUACUUCAUCUACAGCUACUUUCCCCUGUCUCUCAGUGACAAAUUCCUACAGAAGCUCUUUGUGAAGAAAAAGGUCAUUCCACAAGCAUUACGGAAAGAGAAUGCUAUCAUCAACAAUAACAACAACAACAACAACAACAACAAUAACAAUGACAUUAAUACAAAAGACAAGUAGUUCAAUGCAGAGAUGAGUUGUAGGACCACUUAAUAAGCCCAUUGGGUCAAUUGCAGUGUGCUUAGUUGGAGUUAAACCCAUGAACCGCAGAACCACAUUAGAACAGCUAUCUGAAUCUGCAAAAUAAGGAUUAGCUGCUCCAGUUGUAAUGUAGUCCUUUUGUCUCGGGGCUUAAACCAGGAGUUUCUUCUGCAGCUAUGCACACAGCAGUUGACCCAUGGUGAUGUGUUUUUUUUAUUUUAUUUUAUUUUAUUUUUGCUACAUGCUAUAUGUUGUUAAAUGUUCUUGUGUUUUCUACAUUUUCUGAAGGGAUCAUCAAAUUACACCAAAAUGUGUGUCGCCCACCUCAUGGAACAUGACAGAUUAGGUGAAAUUUUUCAUUAUUCAAGACCUCAGAGAGUGUAAUCGCAACCCUGGCCUUCUCAUCCUAUCGGUGCACUCAGACUAUAAAUGUCAGACAGUAAUUUCACGAGUGGCAUUGCGACUGGUUUAACAUGGCUUUCUGAAUGGAUGAGUAGGGGAGACACUGGAGAUGGUUGUCACACUUGGACUCGAGUUGUCUGGAGUCAUUGUUUUGAUGACUUGCAACUUGACAGAAAAUAAAUUACUUCAGACUCAACUUGGACUUGGAAGUUGAAGACUCGUGAUUUGACUUGACUUGAGACAUGAUGACUCACAUGACUUAUUUGUGUUAAUUUUAUGUUACAGUAGGUCAUUAAAUGUUAAAUAUUAAAAUGUUAAACGUUACACUCGUUACACCGUCCCACUCUAGACUAUUUCUGGUUAGCUGCAUACACAUAGUACGAUCAGAUAAGAUCAUAAUGGUAGUGAUGGCAAUGUUCAUUCAUUUCAGUGAGCCAAAUCUUUUGGCUCGGUUCUAUUAUAUAUUAUAUAUAUUUGGCUCGGUCACUUAUUCGAUCACCUGCACUUACGAAAGUACAUGCAUGAAUUUCAUAUGUUACGCAGUUCAUCAUUCAUUCAGAGCAUUGCACUGUACUAGUUCAUGGCUUAAGCAAGCAGGGAUAAACAUUUGUUAGGUUUGACAUAAAAAAUUGCAUUACAUUACAAUGGCAUUUGGCAGACGCUCUUAUCCAGAGUGACGUACAAUUGAUUAGUCUAAGCAGGAGACAAUCCUCCCCUGGAGCAAUGCAGGGUUUAGGGCCUUGCUCAAGGGCCCAACAGCAUGUACCUUAACCACUACGCUACAGGCCGCCCAGAUCAUUACAUAAAUUAAUAGCAUAGAAGUAUAGAAGAAAAACAUCAAUGAGUUGAAAUAUUACUUUUUGACUUGAAAAACAUUAACUUAAUGAUUAAUUUGUUUGAACUUUGACCACAAAACUGAACAUUUUGAUAUCAAAAUCUUUGUACAGAGCCUUCUAGGGAGCGGUAUAUAAGCAGUGUGACAACCGACCCAUGUGACAACCAUCUCUGGUCUCCCCUACUUAUUGUACGGAUUAACUGCCUGAUAUAAUUAAAUCACAGCUUUCUUGAGUCAUAGACUGGCAUUUGUCAAGUUACACGUUACAUGUGAACCAAUUCAGCAGCAAGAGUGUGGUACCAUUCAGGUAUACUAUACAGUAGGUCAUCAAAUUGCUUACUUCAGUGUAAUGUGGUCACCCUUGGCUUGACUGCGUCUCUAAAUAUGCAAGAUCAAUCAAGAUAUGUUGUAUCCACAUCUCAGCCAAUGCACUGUACCUACAGUAUCACGUGCCAUACAAAUGUACCACAACACUCUCCGAGAUUACCUCAAUAUAAUGUUUGUGCAUACUGUACAACUUAAUCAUAUGUAACUGUUCCUGUUAUCUCUGUCUCCCUGUGUAUUCCCACUGUUGUUUGAAUUAGAUUUAGAAUCAGGUUUUUGUCGUAAAUCACUAAAACUGUGAAUUUUAUAUAAAGAAGAAAACAAAAGCAAAACAAUAAGAAUCGCAAAAGUUUACCCGUUCAAUAUUUGAUAGUAUUAAAGCUGACUUUAAAAAAUA